AUGACGCCUGAAGCUCAGGGAACGUCCAGCGAGCAUGAGGAGGGCGUAUUACCAAUAUUUAAUGUGAAAGCAUGGGAUGCAGCAGAUGUGGCAGCUCAAAUUACAUUAAAAGAUCUGGAAGUGUUCAAGAAGAUUGAAGUUGAGGUAUGUUAAUGCUUAUUGGUGUUAAUAAGGGCUUGGAUUUUGAUACAUUAAAAAAUUUUUUACCUAAAAUUUGGUUUUUUUAGUUUUUAUUAUCUUUCGAACUUUUAGGUUUUAAUUUUGCAAUAAAAUUAGUAAAAAUGUAUUCCACACUUUAAAUUUUACCUAAAAUAACCUUUUUUGUUUCAGGAGCUGACUUCAUUUGGUUGGAACACGAAAAGAAAGGCAGAAGAAGCACCGAAUGUAAAUGAAUUAACAAGACGUUUCAAUACAUUGUCUUCUUUAACAUGCAGAACGAUAUUAGCUGGAGAAAGUGCAGAGAAGCGGGUUCAAGCCAUCAGUUACUUUAUUCGUUUAGCUAAGAAGCUGUACAAUUUGAGUAAUUAUCACUCUUCAUAUUCGGUGGUUAGUGCUAUGGGUAUGCAGCCGAUCUUCAGGUUGGACAAGAGCUGGGAGGUAAGGUUUGAUGGGAAACGGAGUUUUUUUUCUUAUAAUAAGCUUCAACUGAAAAAAAAGAAGUAGUCGUAUUACGGUAUAUAACACUAUUGUUUCACUGAUUGAUAUAACUUUAAUUUUUUUAGAAAUUACUCAAAACUGAUCGCUCGACCCUGGACAAACUGAAUGAGUUCUUCUCGGCUAAAAACAACUUCUACAAUAUUCGAAAACAAAUGGAAAUUACUCAAAAUCCUUGUGUGCCUUAUAUUGGUCUGUAUCUUACUGAUCUCACAUUCUACACGGACAAACUGAAAAGAAUAACAGGUCAAGAUGAGGAGAAUGUUCAGGAGAACAUAAACAACAUGUUGAGGAAGCUUUUUAGUUUUCAGGACUCGAACUAUGGUGAGUUUUGGAAUCUUUGCGUAAAAUGAAGGGUAGCUUUAUACAAUUGGUGUUCAAUUUCGAUUUUGGUCUUUCUCGAUUACUUCAGUAACUUUAUAUGUGGUUUAGUAUUAAAUUAGUAUUCUUUUUAGAUUUCAACUUAAAUCCCCAGCUAGGAUUAUCUCUAAACACCUUCUACACCAAGUUGUCUGAUCUGAAUCGUGCCGAACAAAAGGAUUUAUUUGACCAGUCGGUUAGAUUAGAGCCUGAAGUGAAAGAUGAACGCAGAUCUUCCUUGCCGUCUCAGAAGUUGAUCAAAACUUCUUCGAAAACUUCUUUUGUACCAUUUUUUGGUAACAAAACGAAGAAAUACAGUGUUUCGCCAUCUCUACAUUCUCCAUCGGCUACACUGCAAAGAGCAUUCAGAAGAGGCCACAAGAAAGCGGAUUCUCUUGAUGAAGCUAAGAUAUUGGGGUAGGUUUUAAUGAAUUAUUAGAUUUUAAAAAGAUUAUAUUAAUAAAAUAAUUCAUUUUAAGUUUUUAUCAGAUUUUUGAAAACAUUUUGUAGUUACUGUAAUUUACAAAGCUGUUUUAGUGUUUCAAACGGCUCAAUCUCUGAAUUUAAAACUUCUAAAUCUUCAACUAUGCCAAACUCUACAAUUCUUCACCGAUCUCCAUCUUCUCCAACAUACCCAACAGCCGUGGCGCCGUGGAACGAUGUCAAUACCUCCAAAUGUACAUACAAUCAACUGAACAACGAAGAAGACGAGGAAGGCCUAACGAUGAAGAAGAAGAAAGUGAAUCGUUCAGGAAGCUCGGUUUCCUUGAUGAAUGAGUUGUUCAAGAAGCUGAAGUUGGGUAAGAAUGAAAAUGAAUCUCCGAUCGGAUCGGCCAGACUUCCGAGGCGCAGCACGAUGGCUUCUGAAGGCAAGAACGGAAUCAGAAGUGCGGAUAACACUCCGAAUAUUGGCAGAAGAUUGUUUGUUAUGAAUAAUUCGAUGGACGAACGGCUACAGAAGAAGGGAAAAGGAUUUCUGGGAAAGAGUUUGGAUGAGUAAGUUUAGUUUGAAUAGUUUACUUGAGAAGCAAGUUUUGAAAAUUGAAUUAGUUUUCAUUGUUGUUUGAUUAGAAUCAUCAUAAGAUAAUUACGAAUCUUCUUUUAGAUCAGACUGUGCAGAUCAGCUAAUAGAAGACAGUCCAUUGUUGUUUGAGCUUUCUGAAGCGGAAAUUGAAGGUGUUUUUACGAGAACACAGCUACGGACUAAGCAUAACAAGCCUAAGCUGGUAUGGUUUUUUGGAAAUUUAUCUUGUACUUCACUGCAUAUUUAUACCUUAUUGGAAGUUUAUUUUUAAAACCUUUAAUUUUUAUAUUUUGAAAUUUUAGGUACGAAACCACUACAAUUGCUUCUUGGAACUAAGGAAUGGUGUUCUGCUCGAAUUCGAACGCAAAUUAAUGCCAUUGUACAUUGAAGAAAGUCGAAACGUUUUCCAAUCAAGACCCAAAAAGAUUUUUGAUCUGAAAUCAGGCGAUUGGGCCAUAGCAUCUCCAGGUGAAGACUUGGCCAAUCCUCGAAAGCCUGGCUUUGAAAUUCACAGUAAGUCGGGAAAAGUGUACCAUUAUGGUUGUCGAAACUGGACCAUGGCCAAUCAUUGGAAACGGAUUCUGGAUGAAACAGUGAAUGAGUUGGGCGAUGAGAAGAGGGGUUCGAUUCAGGUAGGGAAUUAUCGUAUCUUUGAUGUUGUAGUUGACUUUAGCAGACUUUUAGCUAAAAAGUUGGUGGCCUUUAGCUAAAAAGAGGUAAAAAGAGAAAGUAAAGAGAACUAAAAGUUUUUUAUGGGUAAAAUACGGUAAUCGAAAUGUUUUUUUGAUAUUUAAAUUUUCAGUCGAUGAAAUUCAUGAAACAGAAUUCGAAAGAAAGCUACGUCUAUGAGGAUACGGACAUAGAUGGACUUGACCUUGAAGAACAACGUUUGGACGAGGAGGACGAAGAUCAAUGUGAAGUUACAAGGCUUUGA